AUUUACUGUCGCUCAUAAUUAUCUUAUUAUCUUACAUCCCCGAGUCAAGGUGAGUGAAUAGUACGGAUAUGGAACGUAGGUACGGUAUACAUACCUAUAUAUAUCCACCCCUGAUAACCCCGCUCGUAAUAUGAGAUUGUUGCUUUUCCCUUGGACCCUUCUGAUCAAGCUCACCAUGACAGGUGUAGCUCGAAACUAAUUCAUCACUUUAAUCACUUUAUACACCACGUACAUUCACACCAGUUUUCUCUCGGUGUCGCUUUCUGAUUUCACCAGACAAGAAUCGAACGUGAAGUUCUCCUCGUCUCAGACCAACCAUCGCCAUGCCCCCCCGAAAAGCCCUUCUCCCCCGGGAGGGCCUCACCGCAGACCCCAUAUUCAAGCUGUUCGCCCGCACAGCUCUCAACCCGGCCUUGCUCUUGCCUUUGGUUCUCCUCGCCCGCUACACCAAGCAAGGCGGUCGCCUCACCAUCCUACACCCCACCGCCUACCGCCGUCUACGCGUGCUCCUCUACUGCGGACUCGCCCGCUGGUUUACCCGCUGGCUUUCGUCCCGCGUCCUCAACAACUGGACCAACGACACCUAUACCUGGUCCCGCGAGGUCGUCCUCGUUACCGGCGGCGCCGGCGGCAUUGGCGGUCACAUUGCCCGGCUCUUCGCCGAUAGGGGCGUCACGGUGGCCGUAUUGGAUAUCCAGCCCAACUUGACUUUCUCAGCUGGCCCCAACAUCCACUACUUCCAAUGUGACAUCACCUCCCCCCAGAAAUUAGCCGCAGCAGCCCACGAGAUCCGGGCACAAGUCGGCAACCCAACAAUCCUAAUCAACAACGCCGGCGUAGCGCGCGGCAAGACCAUCCUCGGCGCCACCGAACACGACAUCCGCUUCACCUUCGACGUCAACGCCCUCGCCCACUACUGGACCGCGCGCGAGUUCCUCCCCGCCAUGGUGGCCGCCAACCACGGCAUGGUCGUCACCGUCGCCUCGCUGGCCGCCUACCUCGCCGUGCCGGACCUGGUCGACUACAGCGCCUCCAAGGCCGCCGCGCUGGCCUUCCACGAGGGGCUGACCGCCGAGCUGGCCACGCGGUACGCCGCCAAGCGCGUCCGCACCGUGCUGGUCACCCAGGGGUACGCCAAGACGCCGCUGUUCCAGGGGUGGACGCCCGAUUCGCCGUUCCUCAUGCCGGCGCUGGAGCCGGAGACCGUGGCGGAGGCGGUGGUCGACCAGGUCUUGUCGGGGAGGAGCGGACAUGUCGUCGUCCCUGGCGUGGCGGGGACUUUGGCCUCGGCACUGCGUGCCCUGCCGCAUUGGUACCAGCUCCGCGUGCGGGCGAAGGGUCAGUCGUUUAUGGCGGGGUUUUCGGGGAGACAGGUCGUGGAGGAUCCGGGGAGGUUUUAUGCCGAGAAGGAGGCGACCGAGGGCUGAGACCACAGACACGGGAGCUGAGGAGCCCAGGUCCUAUGACAUUGUCUAGUUUAUGAGCGUGUAUAAUGAGAUUUUACUGUAUAUACUCUUAAAGCAGCGCUUGCUGCAAAUCUGAGAGGGGGUUUUCUAAGGACAAAGAAUAAAUGGCGUUGAGCUUGCCGUGAUCUCCCUCAGCC